UUGCAAGUAUAACUGCACCACUUCUUUGUUUGCUGUCACUGCUUGAGGACAACUUGAACUACAAAGUGGGACAAAUAAACUACUGCAAACGGACCUUAGAUUUUUUUUUCCUUCUGCAUACUAAUACAUCUUUUCUGCGUGAUAGUUCAAGUUUGCUGCAUUAAUUGGCUCAGGUGCUUGUUUUAUUACACUGAGGCUUUUAAAUACUUUUAAUUUGUGUUGACUUCUGCAUGUAGUCUAUUUUAAAUACACCUUCCUGCUUCACAUUUUUUCAAUAGAAUUUUGCUUUUAGCAUAACUUUUUUUAAAUUAUUAUUUGCGCAAGACUAAACACAUGAAGAUGUUGUUAUGCUUUAAUGAUAGUUAACACCUUUUUGUAAGGUAUUUUAUUAUUUGUUUUUGUUUUUUUUUCAUUGAGCUGGUUGUUUUUGUGAGCGCACACUUUGAUUAACUUUGGUCUAAUCCUACACAUUACUUGUUCUAUUAAAAUAAAGUCUUGAGGAUGCAGCUGUUUUUCUUUGCUGUAGUCUUGCUUUCGUUUUAUGAUCUUGGUAAAGCUGAGCCGGGACCGAAGUGCCCAGCGCGCUGUGAUGUGAGCAAAUGCCCCAGCCCCAGUUGCCCAAGCGGCUAUGUACCUGACCGCUGUAACUGCUGCCUGGUGUGUGCGCACGGCGAGGGGGACCCUUGCGGGCGUAAAGAUGACUUACCCUGCGGAGACGGACUGGAGUGCAAGCAGCCGACAGGCAAGCGCUUAGCAAAAGGUGUCUGUCAGUGCAAACUAGGCUACAAGGUGUGUGGCAGCGACGGCAAAACUUACCACAAUGUUUGCCAGCUUAAAGCAAAGAGCAGGAAAGCGCUACAGCAAGGACUGCCCACUAUUACACAGGUCCAGAAAGGAGCUUGCGAAUCAGGUCCCCAACACCCCGACAGUCCAAGAUUCAAGUUUAACUUCAUUGCAGAUGUCGUUGAGAAGAUUGCACCUGCAGUCGUGCAUAUUGAGCUCUUCUUAAGACAUCCACUGUUUGGCCGCAAUGUCCCUUUGUCCAGUGGUUCAGGAUUUAUUAUGUCUGACACUGGCCUGAUUGUGACGAACGCCCACGUUGUAUCAAGCACAAGCACAAGUGUAGGUCGACAGCACCUGAAAGUGCAACUACACAAUGGUGAUACUUACGAGGCCACAAUCAAAGACAUUGACAAGAAGUUAGACAUAGCAACGAUAAAGGUUAACCCUCAGAAAAAGCUGCAGGUGUUGUUGCUGGGCCUCUCUUCUGACCUCAGGCCUGGAGAAUUUGUUGUUGCUAUAGGGAGCCCCUUUGCUUUGCAAAACACAGUAACAACAGGGAUUGUCAGCACGGCUCAGAGAGAUGGGAAAGAGCUGGGCCUCAGGGACUCCGAUAUGGACUACAUUCAAACAGACGCUAUUAUCAAUUAUGGGAAUUCAGGAGGCCCUCUAGUAAAUCUGGAUGGAGAGGUGAUUGGAAUCAAUACCCUAAAGGUGACUGCUGGAAUCUCAUUUGCUAUUCCUUCUGAUCGAAUCACACAGUUCCUCAACGAGUCUCAUGACAAACACAACAAAGAGGUUAAAGCUGUAAAGAAGCGUUUCAUUGGCAUACGAAUGCUUACUAUUACCACUGCCUUGGUUGAAGAACUGAAGCAGCAGAAUGCAGAUUUCCCUGAUGUCAGCAGUGGCAUCUACGUGCUUGAAGUCGUUCCAGACUCCCCAGCUCAAAAAGGUGGAAUCAAAGGUGGGGACAUCAUUGUCAAACUAAAUGGACGGCCUUUGUCGACAACCAGUGAGUUGCUGGAAGCUGUGGUAAAUGAAUCUGCGUUGCUGCUGGAGGUUCGCAGAGGGAAUGACGACUUGCUCUUCAACAUUGAACCUGAUGUCAUAAUGCAGUGAAACUGGACUACAGCCAUUUUGAACUGUGAACAUGGUCCUUCAAAUGAGGGUGUUUUACCUGGCUAUAUUUCAGCGAGUCAGUGUGACUGCUGGAAUUCACUGUUCCCAAUUACUGCAGGCCUGGUUACAAAUAUAGUGGCAUACUGAACCAGUAAUGAUAUUUACAAAAUUGGAGUUGUUUAAUGUAGUUGUCAUUUAGAAUUUUUAUCAGCGCCCUUUUUGCACACAGUACUGUACAGAAAACAACGUGUUUGGAAUUAAAAUAUAGAUAUAUCAUCUUGGUGAACGGUACUUCAGAGGAAGUGCAGUGUAUUGAUUUCUCUAUAUUCGACAUGUCAAGGAAACAACCUCUGCUCUAUAAGUAAAUAUGCAAAACAAAAUGACGUUGGUUUAGGAAAACUAAAUAUAUGCAACGUAUAUGUUCAUUCUAAAAAGGGUCUAUAUAUACUGUAUGUAAGUUAAGGCCAGAUGGGCUCAUGUUUAUCUUGUCAUGAAGCAACGUGUGAAUUUCAGAAUAAUUCUUAUAGAAUUGAUGUCAUAGCAAUGUGCAACGAUCUUUGCAACAGAAAUGUCACAAAAAUCCAGCUGUGCGGACCUGCAGCUGCUGUAGUUGUGUAGCUGUUUGUUUUAGUGUAAUACCAUUAUACCACAAUACCAAAAACUUGUACAUGUUUUGUUGUUCUAGUAAUCAGUGCUAAAAUAAAUGUUUACAAAAACACAAUUUCUAAAAAUAAUUUACAAGCAACACAAGUGAAUAUCAGGUAUUUGGGACGUACCAAUUACUCAAAAGAAACCUGUUAUUUUGAAAAGUUUUGUUUUCCUUAAAGCGGUCAGGCCAUCUUGGCACACUAAUUCACUGCCUCGGCUCCUCCACCUGCUGGACUUCUUUAGGGUUAAUUACAGUAAACAGAGAGCCUACUAAAAGCGAACUGAAGACAUAAGGAAUGUGCUUCAUUAAUGUGCUUAGUCUUAUUUGGAUACAAUCUGUUGUUCCAGCAAUAGGGUGUGUCUGAACUUUAGGAAACAACUUCACUGCUGGACCAUAGUUAACUUCUCAUUUUGUGGAUGUGAAAGUAUUUAUUUUAGCAGGGAGGUAUUCAACCUUUUUAGAUACAUUUUUAUGUCCCUUAUUACUAAAUACAUUGUUGUUUUACAAGUGACUUUUUAAAAAAUGAAAAAAAAAAAAAAAACGUUUGAACUAUGUCAUCUAAAUUGCUAUUUAUCCCUUUAAGUCACAGGUUACAUAACUGAAUUGUGUUGGUGUGUUGAUAAAUGGCAUUUUUUCAGGAAACAACCUAUAAGAGACUGCACAAGCAUGAUUCUUAAAGUUUAUUACAGUAAACCAUAAACUCAUAGAAGAGUCGUAUGGUAAAGCACUAGAAAGUGUGGUGGUUUAAGUAUACUAUGCGAACCAAUUGGGGCUACCAGUACAUGGGUGAACCACACCCUUUUCCCUUUCUAUAAAAUUAGCAACAUUUAAAUUAUCCUGUAUAAUUGUACUUAUAAAAAUAAUGACAAAAGCCUAUCAUAAUGGAUAUAUUUGGAAAAAAAGGUAUUGGCAAGAACCAUAGCAUUGAUCAUCACUUUAAUGGAGAACUUUCUGCCACCAGAGCAACACAUUUUUUAAUAGCCUUUUUACACAAGCUUAAUGUAACUUCCUCAUAACAUACAGGAUUGUAAAACUUUCAACUGGCAGUGCCAUUACUUUAUAUAUGGUAAGGGGGGGGGUUAUAGCUUUUUGUGACUUCUGCAAACAGUCUGCUUUCAGAGUCAAUAAACUAACAACAUUUUUUUGGCACCCAAACCCCUACUUCAAGGGGAAUAUAAGGUACAUAAUUAACUUUCUUAAGGCACCCUGCUACCAUUAACAAUUGGACGAGAUCAGUCAAUACUGACGGAAUCAGUGAGAUUUCAGCAAUACCAUCUAAAUUCUUUUGGUCUCUUGAUUAUUCCCAUUGAACAUGAUUUGCUUCCUGCAAGCACUGCAUGUUGUAUUAUUAACAAAUUAAGGCAAUGCAGCGUUUAUUUAAAAGUGGACAGCAUUUACAGAAUGCAUCACCUUUGACAGGUUCAUGGCAGCAAUGGGAAUCAGACUGAUGGUAGUUAAGUUAUAUCAGUGAAAUAAAGACAAUGGGAAUAUCCUGAAUAAACAGGAUUCAGCUGUACUUCAACAUUGCACAGGGGAGCAGUAAACAGAACAGUGUUUGGAUUGGCAUUGCUGAAUAUAAACACUGUACUCUUAUAAAAGCCUUUAUAUGGAAAAUGAGUGUUUACUGCAGGAUAUUUUUUCAGUAUGCUGUACCAAACCAGGAGAGUUUGUAUGGUUAAUAUGAAAAAUGCCCACUUUCCCUCAUCUGACAUUUGACUACUUACAUAAAUUAAAUUAAACUGGAACUGCUUUUAGAGUCAUUCAAUCAUCUCAUACCAAUUACCCUUCUAAAGAUACACAAUAUAUGAACGCAUAUUCCCUACAACUGCGUAUUUGGAGUAUAUCUAAACACUCUGGAGUGUCAUAUUGUGAAAUUCCACCCCAAGCCUUCCUCUUCCCUGCCAAAGGGAAUUAGUAGCCAAGUGAAUUUGAACAAGUUGGAACACUUGCUGUCCAAAUGAGAUUGCUCCCUCUAUUCUAGCCAUGUUAAUGAUACAUAUCUGCUUUGUAAAAAUGUAUGCUAAGAAGUUUAGUUGAAGGCAUGUCUCUGUAAUUUACUAUACAAGUAUUUGUUUCCUAUUUGGCACGUGUCUGAAUGUUGGCCUUGGGUCAUCUCCCCUUUUGGUGGAUGCUCUAAUACCAACAGCAAUUCUGAACGUACUGUUUCUUCCUGGGCAUGUAUAAAAACAUAUAUAUUUCUCAAAAAACAAACAAACAAAACAAAACAAAAAACCCCAACACAUUCUAAAUAUUUGCCAUUUAUUUUCUUUAAAAUAACUCCCAGAAGCUAGAUUUAUUUGCUUUCAUUUCAGCACCAAACUCUUAUUUUGAACGAGGACAACCCAGGAGUCAGAUGGAAGCACUUAGUAAUAGGAGGGAUUUGUUUUUUUUAAUACUGCAAUGUUUGAAUAUUGUUCUCUGUAUUGAGGACCCACCUGCAGUAUAUCAGUAAUUAAGGAGGGCACUCAUUAAGACGGCUUCUGGCCAACACAACUGACCAGCACACCUGACUAGAAGAAUGCAAGCUACCACCCUGGCAUACUUCAUACCAUCCACUUUGGGUAACAAUGAAUGUGUAACAGUAGCCUUUGAACUGUGGUUUGUAUUUGCAGAUUAAACCACUGUGUUCUAUAAAAUAUAGCUUUGUAGAGCACAUGUAUACACAUAGAGCACAUGUAUGUCCUUUAGGUAGUGUUGUAUUCAAAUUUUAGUUGAUCCUAAAUGGCAUGUGAUAAUGACAGUUUUUUUGUGUAAGUUUACACCAGUUAAGAUAUGUGCUUUUCAGAAAGGACCCUUCCAUCAUGAGAGUAACAACACUAAUAUUUUUGUACCUAUCUUAAAUAUUAAACACUGUUUUAAAACCCAAGAUAACAGCUGUGAAAACUGGGAAAACAGACAAACAUGUUUUGUUUGAUUUAUUGUUAAGGUGUGGAAAAAGCAACAAGUAAAUAAUCUAAUCUAAUCUAAAUAAUAUAAGAUGAACUUUAAUGCGUGAUAAUACAGUGUUUGACAGCUUUGUAGCUCUUUACUUUUUGGAACCCAGUGCUCUUGGACAAAGUUAAGUGUAAUGUGAUCAUUUAUUAGCACAAUCUAGUUUUCUUAUUUAAUCCUCAAUGUUUAUAUAGCACAUUUAAUUGUCAUAACAGUUUCUAUUUUAUUUACUUUCAAAGUUUAUGGUUUCCAUCUGUUAUUUUUCAGCGGGUCACCCAAAGCCAUUCUCACAACCAGGCUUUAGUUUACACAGAAAUUACUCAGAUUACUCAGUGUACACAAAAAAAAAAAAAUUAAAAUAUAAAUAAAUAGGAGUCGAUGUUGUAAGCAUGUAGGAUUUGUAAGAGUGUUUAACUGUUUAACUUUGAAGGACAAAAUGUGUCAGUAAACUUCCAAAUGUUUUAUAUAUUUGAGGACAUGCUGAACUAUUGAUGGAUACGCCUUCCUGAAAUGAAUCGCACAUUAAGAAGUCUCACCAUCAUGAAUGCUAUUAACCAUUUGUGCUUAUGUUCUUUUAAAUGGGCCAGUUAACAUUAUUUGACAUGUCACACAUCUUCAUGUGUUUCAAUAAAGUUAACAGGAUAUAGAUAUAAUAAUGAAAAAAAAAACUUCUUUAUCACUUUCCAUACCCUUAUAAAGCGUUACCGCUGUAUUUUAGAAUGGUAUUUUUUUCAGCUUUACCAUGCUUCUCCCAUGGUUAUCCCAUAGUGUUGCUCAAAUACAGUUACCCUACUUCUUUAAAA